AUGUUGAAAUUUUUAACAGAAGGCAUUCGAGGUAUUUUUUCCUCAUGGACUGCGCUUCAACUAGCCAUGGAAGGCCAAUGGGGCGGCACAGAAACGGACACCAAAUACGUUUGGUUUGUACAAACCAUCUCCGACUAUUUAAUAAAAGAAGGCGAUAAAAUCGACCCCAUUGAUAUCGAAGAAAUCCUGGAGCAAAUUAUUUCUGAUGAAUUUCUUGUACAGCUUGAGGAUAAUAGUGCGCUUCAACUCCGUCAGGGAAAUCUUUCCAUCUUAGAGAGUGUCCGAAAUGCCUCGAAAAAGGCAGCCUGCACAAAAGAAUGUCCCCCCCAGGGGCUCUCUUCGUCCGAUUGCGAUGAGGACAACCAGGCUGAGCUGCACGAAUACAAACCAACCGAUUUUAGUCCUCAAAAUAAUGACAUGGAUUUGGAUAAUCAUCACCAGGACCUGGAUUCUGAGGAUGACGGAUGGAUAAAAUAUUAA